AUGACUGUGGCAAACAACAAGUCAACCACAGAGGAAGUACUGGCGUUCUACGAAGCAUACUACCAACUAUCAAAAUUAUUCAACAGUAGUAGCAAUCUCGUGAGCGUCCAUCUCAAGCCUGGGCAAAUUGUUAUGAUACAUAAUACGCGAGUCCUGCACGGGAGAACGGGGUUCAAAGCGACACCUGAAACCGGGACCAAAGUAUCGAGGUGGUUACAAAGCACGUUUUUGGAAUGGGAUAUGGUGUUCUCAAAACUUCGAAUUCUACAGAAGAACCUUGGUCUCGAAACGCCGCACUUAUACACAGAAUCCAAUGACUUUUUCUAA